CACUUUCUCUCUCACACACAAACACGCACAAAGAGAGAGAGUGAGAGAGAGAGACUAUAUACUAUAAAAUCUCUCCCAGAAUUUAAUGCAUUCUAACUCUCUUGGUUGAGACUUGAGAGUAGAGUGUCUCCACAAAAACACAAUAUUAAAUGCAGAAGCUGAGAGUCUCACCCACCCUUUGCCCCUCAAAAAAAUCCCAACUUCCCUAACUCUCUCUCUCUCUCUCUCUCUCUCUCUCUCUCUCCACACACACACAAAUGGAGAAUUCCCCUUCUCCUCCUCCUUCUUCUUCUUCUCCUUCUCCCUCUACUAUUUUUCUUGAACCCCAUGUCCUCUUCCUCCGUUUCCAAAACCUACUUCACCAACCUUGGCCUUGGCUACUCCAUAGCCAUAGCCCUUGGCUUCCUCGUUCUUCUCUCCACCCUCAUCCUCAUCUCCUACCUCUGCUGCAAACGCAACCGCAACUCAAACCCCAACAACAACGUUUCCAACUCUGACGGCAUCGUUCUGCCACGUGUCAUCUUCGUGGCCGAAGACGAUGAAGAACAGGGUGGCGCGGUGGGUUUGGACCAGAACGUCAUCAACUCCUAUCCUAGGUUCCAGUUCAACAGGGAUGCAACCAGUGGUGGAGGACACAACACCACGUGUUCCAUAUGUCUCUGUGAGUACAAGGAUUCGGAGAUGCUGAGGAUGAUGCCAGAGUGUCGCCAUUACUUUCACCUUUUUUGCUUAGAUUCAUGGUUGAAGCUUAAAGGGUCUUGCCCUGUUUGUCGGAACUCGCCGCUCCCAACGCCGCUUUCUACGCCGCUUCAAGAGGUGGUGCCGCUUUCUCAGUAUGCAGCUGAUAGGAGGCGAAUUAGGUGAAUUUUUUUUUUUAUUUUUUUCUUUUUGGGGUUUUGUGAUGUGGCAUUUGCACUUUUGCUAUUGGGAGAUUGCAAGUUUUUAUCUUUUUUUCUUUCAUAGUUUUCUUCUUUUGGAGAGGGAGAGGGGAAGAAGAUGGGGUUUUUAUUUGGUUUGAUGUAAGGGAAAUGGUAAAAAAAAAAAAAAAAAAAAUCUUAGUGCUUUUUUCUGAAUUGAUUAUGUAAUUCCAAAGUAGUGCUUUUUUAUUUCACAUAACAUCAAUUUAAGUAAAUGUUUGCUUUUUGCUUUAUGAAAUUGUUUAAUUAUUGCUUACAUAUUGUUGGACAAGGGUUAUCUUUUGAUGCUUGUUGCCUUGUGUAAUCAUAUAGUAUAGUUUAUGGGAAUGAACUUAUCUUUAGUGCUCCUAAUGUCCCCUG